AUGCCGCCCAAAUCACUUCUAGCACUAGCCCUCCUGGCCAUCCUCAUGCUAUUCUCCCAUGGUGUCACGACCUUGGGAUCGCCACAGCCGCUCAACGGCACCGGCGGAAGUUUCAGCCUCAAGCUCAUCGUCAACCACCAGCCGGCACACUAUGACUUGGCGAGCCUCCAGCGUGCCAAGGACCAAGUAAAAUGCAGGAUCAAGCACCAGAUCCUGCCAACGAGCAAUGAGAUACGGCCGUUCAUGUGCCCACCGGCGGACAUGGUGUACGCCGUCAUGGUGGGCGUCGGAACGCAGACCGGGUUCCAGAACUACCAACUGGCGCUGGACAUGGCGGUUGGACUGUCCUGGAUACAGUGCUGGCCGUGCCGGCCAUGUCGGCCGCAGCUAAGCCCGGUGUUCGACCCAACAAAGUCCCCGACCUUCCAAUACAUCUCGGGGAACAAUGGCGUCUGGUGUCGUGCGCCCUACCGAGCUUUGCCAAACGGGGCUUGCGGGUUCCGCAUUGCCUACCGGCACACCCCCGAGGUUUCGGGGUACCUCGCCAGGGACACCUUCUCCUUCCCCACCAGGAACAAUGACUUCGUGCCACUGGAGGGCAUCUUCUUCGGCUGCGCCCACCAGACUGAGGGCUUCGACACCCACGGCGCCCUCGCGGGUCUCCUCGGCUUGGGAAUAGGAGUGGUGGGCAGGCCUCCGACCGCCUUCACGAAGCAGGUCCUUCCAGGCCAUGGAGGUCGAUUCUCCUACUGCCCGUUCGUGCCCGGGAUGAGCACGUACAGCUACUUUCGGUUUGGCAACGACAUCCCAAGCAAUCCACCGCCAAAUGUGUCACGCCAGAGCACGCCAGUCCUUGCGCCGCUCCAGAACAGCGAGGCGUACUACAUCCAGCUCGUCGGGGUCAGCGUCGGCGGCAGCCGAGUGACUCGCGUCACGCACCAUUUCUUUCGGCGCAACGCGCACGGGACGGGCGGGUGCGCGAUCGACAUCGGCACACAGAUGACUGCGUUUGUGCACUCAGCGUACGUCUACAUCGAGGAGGCGGUGCUGCAACACCUGCGGCGCCACGGAGCACACAUCGUGCAGGUGGAAGGCCACACGUGUGUCCGGCAGCCGGCGCCGCACCAAGAUGUUCUCCCGAGCAUGACACUGCAUUUUGUGAACAGAUCGUGGCUCCGGAUCAUGCCAGACCAGGUAUUCGUGAAGCUUGUCCAUGGCGGCCACCAGUACCGGUGCCUUGGCUUUGUCUCGGACAGCGACAGGACGAUCAUCGGCGCCAUGCAACAGAUCAACCAUCGCUUCAUCUUCGACCUCCGUGAUACCACACCCAUCAUGAGCUUUAAUCCGGAGGACUGUCACCUCGAUGCCGCCGGUAGCUAA